AUGCCUCCUCCAACAGAUCGCACAGAAAUCAUGGCGCGUCUGCGGAAGCAGGUCGCUGAGGGGAAAGCAAUUGUAGGUGCUGGAGCGGGCAUCGGCCUCACAGCCAAAUCCGUCGAAGCAGGCGGCGGCGACCUAAUCGUCAUCUACAACAGCGGCCGCUACCGCAUGAACGGCCGCGGUUCUCUCGCCGGCCUAAUGCCAUACGGCAACGCAAACGACAUCGUCCUCGAAAUGGCCAACGAAACCCUCCCCCUCCUAACCACCACCCCGCUCCUCUGCGGCAUCUGCGCCACCGACCCUACGCGCCCCCUGCCCCCCUUCCUGGCCCAACUGCGCGCCCUCGGCAUCGCCGGCAUCCAAAACUUCCCCACCGUCGGGCUGAUCGACGGCACCUUCCGCCAAGCGCUCGAAGCCACCGGCAUGUCCUACGCCGCCGAAAUCUCCCUCAUCGCCCUCGCGCACGGCAUGGGCUUCCUCACAACACCCUACGUAUUCGAUUCCCUGCAGGCGAAACAGAUGGCCGAGGCCGGCGCGGAUAUUGUGGUCGCGCAUAUGGGGCUCACGACGGGGGGGACGAUUGGGCUGGGGAAGGAGGGGAUGGGGGCGAAGACGCUGGAUGAGUGUGUAGCUUUAUGCAAAGAGAUAUUGGGGGCGGUGAGGGGGGUGCAGGGGGAGGGCGCGAUGGUGAUUGUGCAUGGGGGUCCGGUGGAAGGGGCGGAGGAGGCGCAGUAUGUGCUGGAGCGCGUACCGGGGUUGUGUGGGUUCUAUGGGGCGAGUAGCGUGGAGAGGAUUCCGGUGGAGAAGGCGAUUCGGGGGACGGUGGAAGGGUUAAAGGCUGUUGGGAUUAGGAAAUAUGAGGCAGGUGCGUGA